GAAAAAGUAGACCAGGAGACAAUCUUGUUCAAUAUCCUUGAACUGCUCUGAAUAAAGUUGAAAAAGCUAAAAAUUCCAAAGUUGAGUUGAUUAUAACAGUAGCAAUUUUUGACAAAAUUGCAGGUCUCUUUGGCAUCUGCUUGAUUACAACAUAACAUAGGAUUCUUACGCUACAGCCUGCUUUUCACCUUAUAUUCUUGCCAAAUCUUAGAAGACAACUCUUCUCCAUCACUGAAAUUUUGUGUAGCAGUAGUAAUAAUGUCAUCAAUGAUGAGAGGAAAUUCAAGAUCAUCAAUUGAAUCAUCCUGCAAUGGAAUUGUUCGCAGAAUGGUAAGCCUUCCCAGGAGCAUUUUAGGGGGUGUUUCCAGAGCAAUGGGACAAGGUAUGGACUUUAUUCGAAUAGGAGGAAGAAGACACCAUCCUCAUCAACAUCAUCAUCUACCAUUAGCAACAGAUUUUCCAUUUGAGCAAUAUCCCUCAUCAGAUCCUCCCGUGAAUGAUCCAUUCAAUCAACCUUCACAGAAUUUUCAGCAGCAACCGAUGGUACAAGAGGAAUGGGCAUUUCUAGCAAGUCUGGAGCAGGAAUAUGGCACAAAUCAUCCAUUUUUCUACGUUUGUCGGUUCAUGGAUGCUCUGAAGAUGGCUCAAGAAGAGCACAAGUUCAUUUUCCUGUACUUGCACUCCCCUGAGCACCAAUUCACUCCCUUUUUCUGCAGGGAGACUUUAGGUUCUGAGCUGGUUGUUCAGUUUCUUGAUGCAAAUUUCAUUAGCUGGGGAGCACUUGCAAACAGAGGGGAGGGGUUCCAUUUGGCUUCAACAUUAAGGGUCUCCAACUUCCCAUUCUGUGCUGUGGUUGCUCCAGCUUCUGCUGGCAAUUUAGCAGUUCUGCGACAGAUUGAAGGUCCAGUCUCCCCUGCUGAAUUGGUGGAGAUACUACAAAGGACCAUGGAGGAGCAAGGACUGGCAUUUGACAGUGCAAGGGCCAACGAGGAAGAAAAAAGAAGAGCAGAUCGUAAAUUGAGAGAAGAACAAGACGUUGCCUAUGUUACAGCCCUCCAGAGAGAUCAGGAGAAGGAAAAGCUCAGGAGUUUCGCUUCAGAACAAAGAGUUUCAAAAGCUGCAAGUGCCUCCAAUUCAUCUAAUCAAGAAAAAACCAAGCCACUUCCUCUAAAGCAGCAAAACAACCAAAUCAAGGAUGGUCCAAGAGCAGGAGGAGCUAUGCAUAAAGGAAAUGCUCAAGAAACCAAGAUAUUGAUAAGGUUUCCAAAUGGGGAGAGAAGGGAACACAGCUUCUUGAGCACAGACAAGGUUCAAGCAAUUUUUAGGUACAUUAAUUCAUUAGGCUUGCCUGGAGUUGGCGGCAAUUACAGGCUAAUUUCUAACUUCCCAAGAAAGGUGUUUAGUGUUGAUCAGAUGGGAAUGACGCUGACAGAGGCAGGCCUCCAUCCAAAAGCUAGCAUGUUCUUGGAGCUUCUUUGACCAUAGAAGUUUCUUUUCCUUGGUACGUUACUGAAGUUUCAGAAUACAAAUUAAAGAAAUGUUUUCAGCAUCUCACUUUGUUGUUAUGGAGACUUUGGGUAGCAAGUAAUAUUAUUUAUAAGUAAUAAUAAAACUUUUGCUAUAAUUCGUUA